UGGGAACCCGGGAAUUAAGAGAAAUGGCAUGAAAGACCGUCUGGAUGAUUUCUGGUCUCUUCGAUUGGUGCGGCCAACGGAAGAGGAGGUUCUUCAUCGAGCGAUUUUUCUCGUCAGGGCACAGAGGUUCAAGGAUAUGGCGUCUUCAUCAAUCGAUGAAGCAGUGGAAGCAUUGAAAUAUCUGCAAAGCCAAGUUUAUGAGAUGGUGAAACAUGACAAUCCGAAAGAGGUGGACAAGUUUUGCGCUUUAACAUCGCAUCUGUUCGUUCCGAAGGUGAAAUUCGGUCGUGAAUGUGGGCCGGAAACGUACAAGGAGACUACGUCAGUACGUCAGCAGGCCACGUCAGCAGGCUACGUCAGCAGACCACGUCAGCAGGACACGUUAGCAGUGCCACGUCAGCAGCAAGGGAUACCACAUCAACAGGCCCCCGCCCGGUCUAUGCUGUUGCGAUCUCAAACAGCAGUCAUGGACCAGAGGCCCGGGGAAGCAGACGAGGCCUAUCAGGCCCGCAUGCUGGCCUGGAGUACCGAGACUAAGAAACGGGCAGAUGACGCUGCAGCAGCAGCGAAGAAGAAGGCAGAAGAUGCCGAGCAGGCACGUCUGCUGGCACUUGAACAACAGCGCCAGCAUGACGAGGCAGCAGCAAGGGCUGUCGAUGAGGAAAGAGUCCAGCGUCGUGAGAAGGUAUUUACCAGAGAGCGGGCGUUACUUACCAUGGCAGCGGAAUGGGGGACCGAGGCCGAGAAUAACCAGUUGGAGGACAACGCAAACAAGAUAGCGCUCCUCCUCUCGCAUCUCACGGAUCUCCUGGCAAACUGCAUUACACAUCAGGCAGAGAUCCUUGGUCUCGACAGAUCGCUAGCUCACCUCCAAGACCGUUUUCAGCGGUUGGAGCAGCGACCAGUCUCCGCCGCCGACGCAGGCUCGUCCAAUACUGUCGACCGCCUCAGUGCCUUGGAGAUGCAAGUCGGGUCACUCCAGGAUGGCGCACAGUUACAGCUCACCGCGACGCAACAGUUGCAGCRGCGGGUCUGUACCACCGCCACUACCUCGAGUUCGGAGCCGCGCGAGUCAACUCCAAAGUUUGACGCGCAGGAGAUCUUCUGCGACGCCAUGAAGACAGAUCCGAUUCCAUGGUUUCGCAAGUUCGAGCUCACGCUGCAGCUCCACAAUGUCAAGGAACACAAGCAUCACGCCUACUUGUACUCUCGCUCAGGGGGCGCGUGUCAGGCUUGGUUGGACAACCUGUUGUCCAAGUACGGAGUGGUAGCUAACGACUUGCACACCAAGAUCACCUGGGAAGAUCUGAAGGCGGCGUGGCACAAGCGGUUCCAGGUGGAGCCGCCAGAGAUUAAAGCCAUGGACAAGCUCAUGGUCUUCGAGCAAGGCACGCUGCCGAGUACGAACUGGAUCGCCAAGUACCAACGCUUGACGUCAAUCCCAGAUAUCCAGAUGGGCUUCAAGGCCAUCCGCCACUACUUCAUCUCAAGGUCAUGUCCGACAUUCAGCAAUGCCUUGACGCAUGUCGAGGACACCUUGACGACGACGGCGGAAUUAUUUGACAAGGCUGCGCAGAUCAUCGUCACGAACAAGGAGGCCAAGAACCUCCGUUCAUCUGCGUCAGGCCCGAGCAGGGACCAACAUCGGCCAAGAGUGGCCGUGGUCGCAGCGGCAGCGCCGUUAGACCAAACCAGCGAGGCUGCAUCUGCCAGUGAAGGAGACAAAUUCGCAGCCGCCCGGGAAGGUGGCCGUGCCGGCAGAGGCCGAGGGCGCGGCAAGACGAAGGCACACACCGUUUCUAGCCCCGGGCGCGGUGCAGCAGCUCAGACAGGCCCAUGGACCCCGUAUGGCAUCUCCGAGUCCGCAUACAAAGCGCGCGAGAGAUUCCACUAUUGCCUUUGGUGCAACAGCGAUCUUCAUCAGACGCAGCGGCGCUCUCGCAACUUCAUGAGUCAGUCUUUUAUGCAAAGAGCUGGCCUUGGCGCACAAGUUCGGAAGAAGGCAAACGCGACGGCGAUCAAGUUGGUGGAUGGUAAGACGCAACAACUUCUCGACCGUUACAUCGAGGCCGUACCGGUCUACUUCGCACCUCAUGCAUGCGAACCGGUAACAUUCGAUAUUCUCGACACGGACUUCGACAUCAUUCUGGGAAUGCCUUGGCUCGCAAGUGCGGAUCACACGGUCAACUUCCAUCGGCGGACUCUUAGCGUUCACGACACCUUCGGCGCGGAAGUGGCGUGUACUAUUCCUCUACCGCACUCUUCGAUCCGGUGCCAAGUGGUGACGGCCAAAUCAUCCCGGGCGACUUGCGCUUACGAGCAGCCCGAGGAGAUCGGCCUAUGUUUUCUACGGAUUGUCGCGGUAGCCGACUCUUCACCCACGGACUUAUCUUCGGACCCUUGUGUGGUACGGUUGCUAGACGAGUUCGCCGAUAUCUUCGAGUCACCUACCGGUGUGGUGUCAGAUCGGUUGAUCUCUCACGAGAUCAUUCUUGAGGCCGGUGCCGUGCCGCCAAAAGGUUGCAUUUAUCGGAUGAGCGAGGAGGAACUUGAGGUCCUCCGCGCACAACUCGACGAUUUGUUGGCCAAGGGUUGGAUCCGCCCUAGCAGCUCCCCAUAUAGAGCACCAGUUCUCUUCGUAAGGAAGAAGAACAAGGAUCUACGACUGUGUAUUGACUACCGCAAGCUCAACGCGCAAACCGUCAAGAAUGCGGGGCCUCUUCCUCGCAUCGACGAUCUUUUUGAGCGAUUGGGCGGCGCAAAAUAUUUUUCAAAGUUGGAUUUGAAAUCAGGAUAUCAUCAAAUCUCGAUCCAGUCGAACGAUCGCUACAAGACCGCGUUCAAGACGUGGUAUGGGCAUUUCGAGUGGGUGGUCAUGCCUUUUGGCCUCACCAACGCCCCGGCGACCUUUCAAGCGGCAAUGACCAAUGAAUUCCGUGCAAUGUUGGACCGGUUCGUGCUGGUCUACUUAGACGAUAUUCUCCUCUAUAGCCGGUCAUUGGAGGAUCAUCUUGAGCAUCUUCGACGAGUGUUGGAGACGCUCCGCCGCGCCAAGUACAAGGCCAACCGCGACAAGUGUGAAUUUGUCCGGCAGGAGCUGGAAUACUUGGGCCAUUUCGUCACACCGGAGGGCAUCAGUCCGCUAUCGGACAAGAUUCAAGCUGUCCAAGAGUGGCCGGAGCCUCGGAACGUCACGGAUGUCCGCUCGUUCCUCGGUCUCGCCGGCUACUAUCAGCGCUUCAUCAAAGGCUACUCGAAGAUCGCGGCCCACUUGAACAAGCUUCAAUGCGAGGAUCGGCUGUUUGACUUCGGAGAGGAGGCGCGGGGAUCAUUCUUCGCUCUCAAAGUCGCGCUAUUGUCUGCGGAGGUCUUGCGGAUAUACGACCCGCUCUUGCCUACGCGCGUCACUACGGAUGCGUCAGGMUAUGGCAUUGGUGCAGUCUUCGAGCAACAUGACGGUGUGGACUGGCACCCGGUCGAAUACUUCAGCAAGAAAGUGCCCAUCGUGCAUUCCAUUGAUGAUGCACGCAAGAAUGAGCUCCUCGCCUUCGUCCACGCGCUCAAGCGGUGGCGGCAUUUCCUCCUUGAUCGAAGCCAAUUUCGUAGGGUAACGGACAACAAUCCGUUGGUCUUUUACAAGACCCAAGACACCGUCAACAGCACCAUCGCUCGAUGGAUGGCUUUCAUCGACCAGUUCGACUUCUUUCCCGAUCACAUUCCCUGGAAGUCAAACCGUUUUGCGGAUGCUCUUUCACGGCGUCCGGAUCAUUGUACCGCAGUCUACUCAACCUUCGAGAUUGACGACGACCUGCGGAACAGUUUCAUCCGCGGCUACCAAGCCGACCCCGAGUUUCGAGACAAGUACGCGAAUUGCUCCUCUCCUAAUCCGGCUCCUUCUCACUACCGGAUCCAAGAGGGGUACUUGCUUGUCCACACGCGGGGGAAGGACCUUCUUUGCGUACCAACGAUUUUGGUGGCCCGGCCUUCUCGGCGACGUCACGCGCUAUUGCGAGUCAUGCGAGGUUUGCCGACGCUGCAAAUCCCGCAACCAUCGUCCGUACGGCGAGUUACGACCACUGCCAGUCCCGUUGAGGCGAAGAGAAGCGAUUGCCAUGGACAUUACCGGCUGUUCCCCAAGCACAAGACCGGAGUGGGUGGGAUUCUUACGGUGGUCGACCGACUCACCAAGUUCGCCAUGUUUUUACCUUGUCGCUAUCAUGCCAAGGCACCGGAGUUGGCCGACGUUCUUUACGCCGGUUGGAUUCGAACCAAGGGUUACCCCAAGGAGAUCGUCUGCGACCGCGACACUCGGUUUAUGUCCGAUUUUUGGUUGGCGCUCAUCAAGCGAUGGGGCUCAUCUCUCAAGCCCACUUCAGCUCGCCACCCUCAGACCGAUGGCCAGACGGAGAGGGCGCAUCAGACCGCACAGGUUCUUCUUCGCACUCUCAUCUGCCCCGACCAGAAAGACUGGGUUGAGCGACUGCGGGACGUCGAGUUGGCCUUCAACUGUUCCAUCCACCCGGCUAUUGGGAUAUCACCCUUCGAGUUCGAGCACGGCUCGCCGGUCACGUCACCGUUGGACACUAUUACUCCACGCACGGCCGAGAGCGACGACCAUCUCCUUUUCUUGCGUCGGAUGCAAGAGCUUCUUGUCAAGGCACGCGACCAGAUGGCUAAGACGCAACAGCGCAUGAGCCAGCAGGCCAAUCGCCAGCGUCUUCCUUGUCCAUUCCGCGCCGAUGACCUCGUCUGGGUUUCCGCAGCGGAAUUCAGCCUUGAACAAGACAUCUCUCACAAGCUCCUUCCGAAAUGGAUGGGGCCUUGGCCGAUUGUAGCGCCCGCUGGGGACGCACCCGAAGGACCUUCCUUCACGAUUCAGCUGCCCGGCCACAUGCCCGUCUACCCAGUCUUUAAUUGCUCCAAAUUGGCUCUCUACACGCCAACGGAACAUGACGAUUUUCCCGGGAGACGUACGCAAGACCCACCUUCUAUGGAUGGUUUUCAGAAGGUCGGCGACAUCAUCUCCCAGCGACGCUACGGCAGCAGGCCGACUGAGUAUUUGGUGCAUUUUGCAUACUGCACACACCGAGUUGACCGAUGGUUAACCCGUGCGGAACUUCAAGCGACAGCUCCAGACGUUCUCGCACGCUAUGAACGCAAGAUGCAAGGCAAGCCGUUUCUUCGGUUCCACGCCGCGGCCGCGUCCAGUGUGACGGUUGUGCGCAAAAUGGUGAAGGAGUCGCCGUGGUUAGUUGAUGGAUGGAAUUCGAUGUGCUUUUUCUUCAAAAUGGGCAGCGGGACGGUUGUGCAAAACGGUUAUGGGCUUACAGUUAAGGCGAUGGAUGUGUGGAAUGGUAAUGGAUUCGGCAUGCUCAGAUGAUCGAUUCAAGGGUGGUUUUCGAUUCGCUUUCUUUGAAAUGGGCUCCAGUUCUGUUGGACGGUUCUGGGAAACGGCGAAUGGCAACGCAUUCGUCAUCCUCCAUUGAUCGAUACGAACAUCGAGGAUUUUGAUACCCUUUGGGCUCUGCGGGAUAUUUGUGCAAAACGGUUAUGGGUUUAUUACAGGCAAGACGAUGGAUGUGCAUAAUGUUUAUGGAUUUGUCACACUUCAGAUGAUCAAUACAAACAUCAAGGGUUCUCGGGACUCUUUCUUUCUUCGAGAUGGGCUUUGCGACACGGUGUCGGGCGGCUCCAGCCCUACGCCGCCCUUUACUUCCUUUACGAGGGCGGGCAUCAAGGUUUCUUGGAUGAGUACUGACGUGGUUUGUGCAGGUUACAGGAGCCCCAACCAACCCUCCCGUGGGUGACAGACGCGGCGCGAGACAUAGGGUUUGUGUUGGAGGCCGGCAGAGCCCUUCUACCGGUCGACAACGGUUAUGGGUUUACCAGCAAGGCGAUGGAUGUGUGAAAUGUCAAUGGAUUCAUCGUGCUCAGAUGAGAGAAACGACCAUCAAGGGAUUUCACUGGUCAUUUCCGUACUCGCUUCUUCUUCGAAAUGGGCUCUGUGGGACAGUUCUGCCAAACGGACCGAAACGGUUAUGGGUGUGCACACCAGGCGAUGGAUGUGUGGAAUCACUGGAAUGGUAAUGGAUUUGUCGUGCUCACAUGUGGGAAACGAACAUCGAGGGGUUUCGGUACUCGUUCUUCAAAAUGGGUUCCGCGGGAUGCUUGUGUGAAAAGGUUUAUUCGUUAUGCAUUAUGCGUUUACGCAAACGUCUGAAUCACAGGCAAGGCCAUUGAUGUGCAAAAUGGUAGACUAAGUGUGCAGUCAUCAUGCUCAGGUGAUGGAAACGAACAUCGCGGUUUUUCGAUGUGUUGUUCGAAAUGGGCAGCGGCGGGAUGGUUGUGCAAAGCGGUUUCUCGUUCGCGCAAACUUCAUGGGCUCAAGGGGAUGGAUGUACGAAAUGGUUGUGCAGUCAUCAUGUUCACAUGAUGGUAGGGAUUCCGAUGCGCUUUGUUCUUGUCUUUUCUUUCUUGGUGUGUGUGUGUGUGUGUGUGUAUUCUGGUCUGUGUUUCAUUGGUUGGCUGAACCUUUCCGUUUCGGAAAAAAUGGAAUGGUAGCGGAUGCAAUUGAAGUUGCAUGCACUGUUUGGACUUGCGCCCCGCCUUCUUACUGCGGCUGCUGGGCGUGUCGAGAUAACACAGUUUAUCGACAACUCGGGCGUAGAGAAGCAGCACUAACACUGGCGGGGGGGUUUAAAAAAAAAAAAAAAAAAAAAAAAAAAGAGAGAGAGAAAAGGGUGAGGAAUAUAGAUAGGAAGUAUGGGAAAGGGAGAAAGAAACAAAUGCGGGCUCUGCCAGGUGGUUGCGAGGGGCCUCUGUCUAUUGCUGUACAUUGAAUCUGCCGGUUGUGUGCCUCUGCCUGUUGCUGUACGUUGAAUCUGGCCGUUGUUAGGCUGCCUCGUCAGUGUCAGCUGACGACAGACAUCCGAUUAUGUAAGAUGGGUACCAGAGAUAGGCAUAGGAGUGUUGAUCCAGUCCCUGUGGGCCUGUGGGCCUGUGGUUCACCUGGCGUGUUUUUUCCAUGUGGAUAUCCCAGGGCCUGUAGUUGGUUGGCAAGGCUGUGCUGUUGUAUUGAACCAAAAAUAGAAAAGAUACUGCAGUGCUGUAGUAUGCUAUGCUAUUCUAUGGAGCUAUAAAUAGCAUGUUCUGGCCCAUCUUAAACCGCU